GCCGAUUUUCAGCCCAGCUCCAGCCGUCAUCUCCGCUCUCCAGACCCGCAGAACAGAACAGAUUGGAGUUGGAGAAAGGAAACGCCACCUCGCCGUCCUCGCCUCGCCUAAAACCCUCGCCUCCCUCUCUCCCUCUCCUCCGCUCCACGCGCGGCGGCGACUCGGCGUCCAAGCGGCCCAUCCUAAGGCGGCGUCGGUUGCACGCGGAGUCUCGCUCACGUGGUGAUGGUGGACGCGUGGUGGCCGUUGCUGGGCGCGGCCAUCCCGGCGCUCGUGGCGGGCCAGGCCAUCCUCAUCAAGCGGCGCCGUGACGAGGAGCAGCGCCUCAAGGCGGCGCGGGGGCGGGAGAAGAGCUCCGACGAGGUCUUCGUCUGCGAACGCGUGUGCACCUCCAAGAGGAUGCUCAAGAAGGUGGGGGCAUUCUCCAAGGACCCCAUCCCGGAGACCUGCGUCACCGUCUGCGGCGUCUCCGAGCUCGACGUCUGCGCCGACGCUUGUGCGCGCACCGUCUGCGUCAACCAGCACCAGGUGCCCAACUGGAACGACGUCUGCCUCAAGAGGUGCCAGAGCGAGUGCCUCAAGCUCUCCUCAACCCUCAUGUAGUGACCAUCUCGGCUCGCUGUGCCCUCUUUAGAGCCAGAUCACUGGUUCGGGUAAAAUGAAUAGUGGCGGGCUGGCCAAGCUAUGCUGGUUUGGGUAUUGGGGGGCAGUAAAGUUCUAGCUGAUGGUAAACGAAAACCAGUAUUUUAAGAUUUGAUUCGUUACUAGUUUGCAAUAAGGUUUACUUCUAUAUUCUAUUUGGACAUCAAGCUUGUUGUUUUGGGUCCAUGUAUCAAAUUUCAAUGAGUUAAACAUCGUUACUGGUUUGCAAUAA